AUGUCAGCAAAAGUAUAUGAAGCAGAGGAUGAUUUAUUAGGAUCUAUUUUAAAAAGUAAUAUUUUAGUUACCUUAGAUGAUGAUUACGAAGAAGUUUUUUCUAAUAAUAAUAGUCCUUUACGCAAAUAAAGCUUUGAAAGUGAUAGCGUAAUUGAGAAUGUAAUAUAAUUAUCUAAUUUAUAUAGGUUUCUACAUCAGAAAAACAUUAUUUUGAUAGUUUUAAUAGAUCAUUCGAACAGAUUUCUUUGGGAUCUGAUCUUGCCUAAAGUCCAAUGUCUAAUAGAGCUCUGUAUCCUUAUUGUCCAUUAAAUCAUUUCAAAUUUUCAAGAUAAGAUGAUAGAUAAAGUGUGUCAAUUAGUUUUGACGGACCAUCAUUUUCAACAUAAGAAAGUUCAAUAAAUUACAGUAAAAUAGGAAAUGGAUACUAAUAUAAACAAAAUAAUAGAUUUGUUGAUUAUUAAGUCCCUUAUUCUCCAGGAUUAUUAAGACCAUAAGGAAUUUAUUAACCUGGAUUUAAUUAUUAAUAGCUAUAAAAUGGAAUAAGUUUUACUGGAUAUUAAUAAGAAAGACAACCUUUACAUGAAAUAAAUGAUGAUAUUCAAUUGACAAAUGAUUUAGUAAUUUAUUUAUAUCUAUAUUAAUUAGGACAAUAUGUGUGGAAAUUAAGUAUUAUCAAGAAAAGUUUAAAAGAUAUUUGAACAUGGAAAACCAGAUCAAAGAGAAUUGAUUUUUAACAAAGUUGAAAGAUCAUGUGUUUAAUUUUCUAAAGACGUUUUUGGAAAUUAUGUAAUGUAAAAGAUAUUCGAAAAAGGUAUUUAUAUAUUCUCUACUAUAAAUUAGGAACUCCAAUUUAAUAAUAGAGAUUGUUCAAUAAAAUCAGACCUCAUGCUUAUGAAUUAUCAAAGAAUAAUUUUGGUUGUAGAGUUAUUUAAAAGAUUAUUGAAAUCAUUUCCAAUAAUGAAAGUUUACAAAACUAAUUUAUUGACUCAAUCAGACUCUAAGUGAAAUCAUUACUUUAUGAUUCAAGUGGUAAUUAUGUGAUUCUAAAAUGCUUGGAAGUAUUAUAAAAAGAAAAGAUAGAGUUUUUCUUAUAACCAAUUGAAGAUUCAACUUUAUUUUUAUGUUCAUCUUAAUAUGGAUGUAAAAUAUUGUUGAAAGCUCUUGAAUUAUUUUCUCCCAUUCAAACUGAUAAAAUAAUUACUACAUGCUUAUAACAUCAAUAAAAUCUAUGUGAAUAAGAGUUCGGAAAUCACAUCUUAUAAUUUGCUAUCAAAAAUUCAAAUUAUUAACCACUUGUUAUCAAUUUUGUAUUAUCAAAUUUUGAGAAAUUGUGUAUGAACAAAUAUGCCAGUAAUACAGUUGAAAAGGUUGUGGAAGCAUCUACAAAUGAAUUGAAAUAGCACAUCAUCUCUAUACUUAUUUCUAAAUCAUAAAUUAAUGGAUUGUAUUAUAAUAUAUUUAUUUAUAUAGAGCAACCUUUGUGAACUUAUCUAUCAAUCCAUUUGGAAAUUAUGUUAUCAAGAAAAUGAUUAUUAUGUCAAAUCAUAAUAUUUUGUAACCUUUGAUAGACAUUUUGAGAUAAGAUUAAUAUCUGAUCACAGCAAUAAGAUCUUCUGAUUUUGGCUAAAGAAUCUAUUAGCUAAUCGAAAAGACCUUAUUAAUGUAAAAAUCAUGA